AUGGCACAGCCUGCAACGAAAGAGGAGACAAUAUUGUCCAUGGCAGACUGGUCUCUUCUCCCUGAAGAUCUACUUCACGUUAUCUCGAGGCAUCUAGAAAACUGUUUCGAUGCUAUUCAUGCUCGCUCUGUUUGCAGCUCAUGGCGAUCCGUCUUUCCUUUUCCUUCGUGUCUAUUAACCUCAAGUUACUCUCUUCCGUCGCCGUUCUCCUAUUUACUUGGCAAGAGCAUAGGCUUGUGCACCCUCGAGAAGUGUCCUAUAUUCCUCUUUAGAGUCCGGUCUCCUACUGCAUCACCUUGUGAGAUUUUCCUGGGAGGGAUACACCGAGAGGAGUAUCAUAUGGAGGAGCUUCCAUCUCCUAUUCAGUGCUCAGUGAAAGUGAGGUUCAAAGAAUCUGAUCCAACCUUGAUGAACAUGCUCGACUGCCAGAUUUUCCCUCUUGGUCACCACUACAGAAUCAUCGGUUGGAAUCCCGGAGACGGGAGUACAGAGUACAGAGGCGUUGCUUUUCUUCCGCUAAGAGGAGGAGAAUUCGCUGUGCUUAUCUGCUACUACCCUUUUGAUUUUCAUGUGUUAACAAGUAGUGAAAUGAAGUGGACGCGCCUUGGCUUUAUCUCAAUUGCUGCAUGCAAGGAUGUAGUCUCUUUUAGAGGCAGGUUUUAUGCAGUCUUUAGGAAUGGGGACACAUCCGUUAUCGAUCCUUAUUCACUGGAAGCGACUCCUCUGUUGUGCUCUCCGUGUGAUACAAAAGAUCUGGUUCUAUCUGGGAAUGAUGCACUUUUCCUGGUUGAGAGAUUUUUAGACUUCUCUUUUCUUAAAGGAACCGGACGUCUUUUUGGUCCGUAUGAGUGUAGAGUGAGUAGGCUAGAUGAGGAGGCUGGUAAAUGGGUCGAGGUCAGCCAUUUGGGAGACCGUGUUUUGUUUAUCAAUGGGCCACAUUUGGGAAACGUCUGCUGCUCGGCUAAAGAGCUUCCUGAUGGUUGUGGUGUGAGUGGGAACUCGAUUGUGUUUACUGAUGAGCCAGGCAAUGUAACUUACUCCUAUAAGUCUGGACUAGAUACAAGGAGAGCGGAAGAAGAUCUCAAUUGUUGGAGAGCUUCAGGAGAGAAUCGUGUGACUAUCCUCGAGACAUCUCCACUGGUUGCUCUCCGGGUUGAAUGCGCUUCACCAUAA